ACGGGACGAAAUGUCAAUAACAAAGUUCAUUACAAAGUGAAAUAUGUUAUGAGCUUGAUUCGCUCCAAGGCGGUCGAAAUCUUGGAUGUGUUUGUACCGUCAAGGUGACGACCGUACCGUCAAGGUGACGACCGUCAAGGUGACGACUACAACGAAGGUAGCAAUGCAACCAACGUUGCGGUGGCCGCGUUUACGACAGCCCAUGCCGCCUUAUGUUGCUGACCCUGAUGCAGAAAUUGGACGACCAACUCGUGUACUACGACACUGACUCCGUCGUAUUCCUUCAUCGCCCCGGGGACAGGAAACCGGAAACAGGGAGCAUUAUGGGUGAUUGGGAUGACCAGUUGCAGGCUGGCGAAAGCCAUAUCGUGAAGUUUGCGUCAUGCGGUCCGAAGGUCUACAGCUACGAAACCGACACGGGCCGAAUCGAACUUAAGGGGAUUGCGAAAAAUGGAUGCACUGAGGAUAUCCUGGAUUUUGAUGAAAUUACAAAAUCCUCUACGGGAACGGGGAAGGCACUGGACUUUGAUGAGUUACAACGCCUUCUGGGUGGUAUCGACAGCCAUGUGCAGGUCAUCUACCCGCAUUUCAUCAAGCGGAACGGCAAGACACAGAAAAUCAGUACUGUGCAGUUAUUUAAAAAGCUGCCGAUGGUUUACGAUAUUUGCGAUCUCAUUCGCAAAGCUUCGUUUGGAAACGGCAGGGGAUUUCUGUGA